AUGACAAAAACAGAAUUACUUGAUUUGCCGAAUGAACUUUUUCCACUUAUUUUUCAAUAUUUAAACUCCAAAAAUUUGAUACAAACAUUUUUCAAUGUGCAAUCGAAUCGUAUUCAAAUACUUAUUCAACCUUUCAUUUCACAUCUUGAUAUAUCUCAAGAAACGAACCAAUGGAUUCAAACAUAUCUUCCCGAUAUAUUAAAUCAACAAAACGUUCUUGCUCUUCGUUUACACGCAAAACAAAUAACAUUAAUUUUACCAUAUGUACUAUUGAGUAAGAUUCAAUCUAUGCAUAUAUUUGACUCUCAUUGGUCUACUGAUACAUUAAAACAAGGGCUUGAUCAAUUUGGUCAACGUUUAAAAAGACUUUCUAUUACAUUUACAGAUCCUUAUGGACAAGGAGAUCUAGCUAGUCAUUUGUUUCAACGUUAUUGUCAACUUGAAUAUGUGAAUAUUACUGGUCGUUCUCUUUUUUUUGGCACUAAUGAAAUUAGUACUUGUACUAAACUAACAUAUCUUUCGGUUGAACUUGAAGGAAUGCAUAGAGUGUUUAUACUUAUGCAAAAUUUACCUAAUCUUCAACAAUUAAAGGUUAAAUUUCGUAUUGAAGAACGUAUGAUUCAACCAACAUGUUAUUUUAAAAAUCUAAUAUCGUGCAACACACUACAGCGUAUUACUUUUACAGGUUGUACGAGAUAUUUCGAGCAUCUUUCACAUUUCUUCGCUACAUUUGGAUCAACAAUUCAAUGCUUAACGAUCAAUAUUGAUUUAAUGUAUAAUGCCAUCGAUGGUGUCCGGCUCGAACGAGAACUGUUGAAUAAAAUGCAAUGUUUAGCAUCAUUUGAUCUUAUCAUUCAUUCGAUUCUAGCUCAUCGUGAGUCAAUAGGAAUUAACACGUUUCAAACUUUAUCAUGGCGAAAAUUCAAUCCUAUAGUAUAUUGGAAUGAUAUUCAUGCUCAUCAACAUACAAUUUUCACAUUACCAUAUAGAUCCAACACGUUCAAACAUCUAUCAAAUGACUUCCAUUCAUCUUGUGCAUCGAAUCGAGAAGUUUUCCUUUAUUUUGAACGUGUUCGGACACUGUCACUUCUUGUUACAACUCCAUUGACGUUGGAAACAUUCGAAUUUAUUGCAAAAUCGUUUCCAAAUAUAAAAACACUUGAACUAACGAACCCAAUUGAGUUGUCAAGAGGAGAACUUAAACAAAAUAGAACUAUCUCGCUGCUGAGUGAUGUUUUUCUAUCGAAUAAUACUUUGCAAUUACCUUCGAUUGUUAAAUUCUGUUUUCUGUUACGAUCACAUUUUGACAAUUACCAAAUCUUACGUCGGUUUCUUCAUCUUCUACCUAAUCUAGUUUAUUUACAAAUGUUUAUUGGUCGAUCAUUGUUUCAUGAAAUACUAAAAUAUGAACGCGAAGAUAAUUUCGUUCGAAGUGCAUUAAAUCGUAUUGAAACAUUGCAAACGGUCAAUUUUUAUGAUGAAAAAAAUAUUUUAACCAAUGAAGAAACCCAUAAUCUCUUCCCGAAUGCUAAAAAACUUUUUCAUGGCGGUGAUACUGAGUAA